CGCCUCAGACACUUGAACACUUUGGGUUCGCCACAGUUUAUUCCUGUUGUAUAGCGCUGAAUACCUACGCAUAUGUAGUUAUUCAAACAUUAUCUGAAGGUACACCUAAAAAGGAGGCAAAAAAAGUUUAGGUCUUUCAAAAUACACCUGUGGGCGCAGACCUUUGGAAUUGCACAAUGCAGAGACUGCAGGUUUUGAAGGGAGCUUUCUGUGGCUUGGAUGUCAUCCAACAGCAGCUCCUGAUAGGCUCAGCUGUGGCAGCAGGGGGAAUACUGGCAUACAUAGUGCACAAAAGAAGACAAGUCAAAAGUAUUCCUCUUGGCGAAGGGUGGUGGGGAGCAGGAAAGAAGCCACUGUCAGAGGAUGAUACAAUCUAUUCCUUUAAAGUGCAAACCUCAGAUGAAGUGAUUGAGGACCUUUAUGAGCGUAUUGACAGAACCCGCUACACUGAUCCUUUAGAAGAUAGCUGCUUCCAGUAUGGCUUCAAUUCCACAUAUCUCAAGACAGUGGUUUCCUAUUGGAGACACAAGUUUGACUGGAAAAAGCAGGUGGCAGUACUUAACCAGUAUCAACACUUCAAAACUAAAAUAGAAGGGCUGGAUGUGCACUAUGUCCAUGUGCGUCCACCACACCGUGAGAAUCAGAAGGUUCUGCCUCUCAUGCUGGUUCACGGCUGGCCUGGCUCCUUCUAUGAGUUCUACAAGAUUCUGCCACUUCUCACUGAGAACCGGGAUGGUCUAGUGUUUGAGGUCAUAUGCCCGUCUAUCCCUGGCUACGGUUUCUCAGAAGCCCCUCAUAAACAAGGAUUCGACAGCCUCGCUGCUGCCCGAAUUUUCUUGACACUGAUGGAACGUUUAGGAUUUUCCCAGUUCUAUGUGCAGGGAGGAGACUGGGGCUCUCUCAUCACCACCAACAUGGCACAGAUGAAGCCUCUGUGUGUUAAAGGUCUCCACUUAAACAUGUUUACGUCAAGCAAGGGGUUCAAAGUGAUGUUUUCCCUCAUGAUCGGUGCUUAUCUGCCAUUCCUGGUGGGCUUCAGUCGGGAAGAUGUUCGCCGAUUGUUCCCUUUCUUUGAGAAGAAUGUCUGGGGCAUCCUGAGGGAAUCAGGCUACUUUCACAUCCAGGCCACUAAACCAGACACUGCAGGCUGUGGGCUGAAUGACUCUCCCGUGGGCUUGGUGGCCUACAUUCUGGAGAAGUUCUCCACCUGGACUGAUCUGGGGAACAGAGAUCUGGUGGAUGGUGGGCUGGAGAGGAAAUUCAGCCUGGAUGACGUCUUGACAAACGUCAUGAUCUACUGGACCACAGGCUCCAUUGUCUCCUCCAUGCGCUUCUACAAAGAGAAUAUGAAGAGCAACCCUGACAAUAGAGUGGAUGCAAAGACAGGGAUAUUUGUGCCCACUGGACUUGCCGCCUUCCCUGGGGAGCUGAUGCACUGCCCGAAGUCAUGGGCACAAAUUAGGUAUCGAAACAUCUACUCCUACACUUUCAUGCCUCGGGGUGGUCACUUUGCUGCCUUUGAGGAGCCUGAGCUGCUAGCCAAGGACCUUAUCCAGUUCGUCAAAAAAGUAGAGAAGUUCUGAACCAAUUGAUGCACUCUCAGACCAACAUAAUUAUGGUUAUCUGUUCUUUAUUAUUGCUGUCAAGUUUGAUUUUGACUGGUCUUUCCAAAUGUGAUACAGAUGCACAUCACUCUUACGCAGGGCUUUUUUUUUUACACUACAACGCUACAUCUUAUUACUUGAUUGCCUCAAAAAUUGCAGGACGGUCUAAAUCUUUUUCAUGUUUUAAUGAAUGUAAACAUAUACACAGAUGAUACUUGCAUUCCAAUGUAUUCAAAGAUUGGAUUAAAGAAAGCAAUGUAAUGCAUUAAA